AUUCGGGGCUCUGUUGCUUUCCCCUGACGUCACGACCAGGAAAAUAAAUCGAGAGACUACCACAGAGCGGGCGGAGGAGAAGCACACAUUAAAGAAAAGAUGUUCCGCAAUCAAUACGACAACGAUGUGACGGUGUGGAGCCCACAGGGCCGCAUUCAUCAGAUCGAAUAUGCAAUGGAGGCAGUGAAGCAAGGGUCUGCAACUGUGGGGCUGAAAUCCAAAUCCCAUGCAGUCCUGGUUGCACUAAAGAGAGCACAGUCUGAACUGGCUGCCCACCAAAAGAAGAUUCUUCAUGUGGACAACCAUGUUGGUAUUUCCAUUGCUGGUCUGACAGCUGAUGCCAGGCUGCUCUGUAACUUCAUGCGUCAGGAGUGCUUGGACUCUAGAUUUGUCUUUGACAGGCCCCUUCCCACAUCGCGUCUUGUUUCUCUUGUUGGCAGCAAAACCCAAAUCCCAACACAGAGAUAUGGAAGGAGGCCCUAUGGUGUUGGACUCCUCAUUGCUGGCUAUGAUGAUAUGGGACCUCACAUUUUUCAGACCUGCCCAUCAGCAAACUACUUUGACUGCAAAGCCAUGUCCAUUGGAGCACGCUCCCAGUCUGCACGCACAUACCUGGAGAGGUUCAUGGACAAGUUCUCCGACUGUAAUCUGAAUGAACUGGUCCAACAUGGCCUCCGUGCUCUUAGAGAAACCCUCCCCACUGAGCAGGACCUCACCACCAAGAAUGUUUCUAUUGGCAUUGUGGGAAAGGAAAUGGAGUUCACCAUCUAUGAUGAUGAUGAUGUUGCUCCAUUCCUGGAGGGAUUGGAGGAGAGGCCACAGAGAAAGGUUGCUCAGCCUGCAGAUGAACCUGCUGCUGGAGAAGUUCCUGAUGAGCCAAUGGAGCACUGAAGCAAAAACUGACUGGAGAUCUGCUUCCUGUCGAUCCCCGACCAGCCUGACACUUCACUGCUAAUCAACAGAGAAAUCCUUAGAGGGGGGAGAGUUGUUGUGAUGUGCCACUUGCUAAAACUGUUAAUCUCAAAUAGUCUUUGCUAACAUCAUCCUAUGUGAUGUUGCUUUUGUAUGAGUCAAAUAUACCAUCACAGAAGUAAUAAAGAAUCAUUUUUUUGGAA